AUGGGCGACGCCGGCCCCAGCGAGGGCUCCCUGCUAGGCGAGCCGAGGGAAUGCGACGGGCGGCGCCGGGGGCCGGGCGAUGGGAUGACCGCUCAGCGCGUGCUGAACAAGUACCGAAGCGUGAGGAAGUCGCUGGGUGCGUGUGGCCGCGCGGGGCUGGGCAACCAUCCAGAAGUCGGGUUCCGGCCCUGCGGCUGGAAAGGGCGUGAAUCUGAUGGGGAUGGGGAUGUCGCGCCUGCGUUGCGGGGACCGUCUUGGAUUGUGCGGUGCAAUCUGAAGAUUUUGGAUGUUGGAUGUUGUUUUGUCGCAGUGGCGAGGCGGGCGGACCUCUUGGCGCCGACGGACAAGCUGCACGACGUGUUUGUGGCGGUCGACACACUCCAGGCGGAAGCUUGCCGGGCACUGAACGGCGGAUUCGAUGGCCGCCACAUGUCCAUCGACUCCCAAGUGUUUAAUGCCCUCACGGAGAUUGGCGAAGAGAAAUCUGCAAAAUUGACCAACAAGAGCGGCAGUGCUGCCCCAGAAGAUUUGAUACGUCUGCUGCGACAAAAUUAUAUGACAAGUGAGAGUUCUCCUUUCCAAUGGUCCCACUUUGGCUACGAUCAUGGAAAAGCGUGGCACAUUGCCUCGAUUGGCCUGAGAGCCCCACAGGCCUUCAUCCUUGACGACCCAAGGUUGGCCACCACCAGAGCAGAAGGCGCCGGGCGGAAACCAAGGCGCUUAGAGACAAAGGAGUUGAAGAAGCCCAAAGAAACUGCCGAGGACGAGGAAAGUGAGGAUGCCUUCUUGCUGUCACAGAUGAAGUACAUGCACAAGAGACUGGCCAGAGCUGGGAGCAUGCACUUCAGGGAACUUGUGCUGGACGUAGACUCCUAUGCAAAAACAGUGGAGAACAUCUUUGUCUUUAGCAACCUGCUCAACACCAAGGGCUUGGAAAUGGACGCCAAGGGUGCCGCGGACGCCUCGUUGGGCAUGAACAUCAGGCCUCUCUUUAAAAAGGAUCCUUCGUAUGAGGCGACCUCGAAGACGAUAUUCUCGCUCUCCCCGCGCGAGUGGCAGGAGAUGAGGGAAGUAAGCCUGCUCUCCACCGCAGGGCAGGCACCAGUCGCAUCGACGUCGACGAUCGGCGGGCCUGGUGUGUGCAGUUCUCUUCGCACGCAGACGCCGCGGAAACAGCCCGCCUCCGUUGCUACCAUCCCGGAGCAAGAAACUGUUGCGUCGGACUACGGGAUCGGCCCGGUCGCCUCGGGCAGUCCCACUUGCCUGCAGACGCCCGCGCAGCGAGAUGCCUCGCCGCCCCCUCGGCGCUCGCGGUCGCCCAAGGAGGGCUCCGGGAGUAUGAACGGACGGCCAGCGGGGUUGAGCGGCUGCGAAGACUGCCGUGUGCCUGGGAAGCGGGGUGACAAAGGGUGUGACGCAGCGUCCAGGUCGGAAGCGGGCAGGCGACGGGAGGCACCGGCGGCCGGAACUUCUGAGAGCACUUCGAGGUCCAUCACGAAGUACUUCCCCAGGAUAUCUGAAGAGGAUGCAGGUAGACAACUGGAGCGGAUGUCCCAGAGAACAAAUGCCAGUGGGUUUUGCAAUGGGACAUCCACAGACCAGAGAUGCAAACGCCAUAAGAAGGAUCACAGUAGCAGGAGGUUGCGGAAGAGUGAACAGCAAAAUCUGGACGUGGUCGACCUGGUUGACGGCAUCAUUGACAUGCCAAAUGACGCGAUCGAUCUGUCAAACGGUACUGCUAAUCCGUCAGAUGAUGUUGUCGACCUGUCGGCUGAAUAG